UCUGGGCUCCCCUGCUUCCUUCCUGCUCAUUUAAUCCAUUCAAAUUAUGAGAUCGAAUCCACUCAGAGGCUGAGUGAUUUCGCUUGUUAUUCCCCGUAUUUUGGCGAAUAAACCACUAGGAUGUCCCUUCAAAUGUCCCUACGCUCUUCAGAUUCCUUGCAAAAUUACUGUUCCCGAUGAUUUUUGGCAGAGCGAUGAGCAAGAACUUCCAAAAGGGCGCAUACAAAUACAAUCGAAAAGUUUCUCUUUUGAUGCUCCAGAUCGCUUUAUUUCAUGGAAAAGCUCGCAGAUUUCAUCCAAAUUUGAUAUUUUGAUCGGUAUACGAAGGCUUCUCGGCAGCCGGCGGUCAACAGAACCACGGCCGUCGACGGCGGCAUGGAGGGAAACAUGAUCAUCAUCCUCGCGGCUCUGCUCUGUGCGCUGAUAAUCGCGCUCGGGCUGAACUCCGUGGUGCGGUGCGCGGUACAGUGGGGGCGGCGGUUGGCGUUCGAGAUGCCGGAGGAGUCGGCGACGAGGUCGGCGGCAACGUCCGGGCUCAAGAAGCAGGCGCUUCGCCGGCUGCCGGUGGCGGUUUACGGGCCGGGCGCCGGCGUCCUAGCGACGGAGUGUCCGAUCUGCUUGGCGGAGUUCGCCGAUGGGGAGGAGGUCCGGGUGCUCCCCUGGUGCCACCAUGGCUUCCACGUCGGAUGCAUCGAUGAGUGGCUGUCUUCGCACUCGUCCUGCCCCACUUGCCGGCAGUCCUUGCUCGAGGACGGCAGCGGGCCGCCGGCGGCGAACACGGCGAGCCAAUUAAACACUGCCUAUCGAUCAAAUUUGUUAAUGUAGAUGAUGGAUGCUAUUCAUUAUCACUUAUUAGCUUUCUAAGUUGCUCGUUUCAUAUUUCUACGCCUAUUUCAUCCAGAAUUAAGGUGCUUUAUCUUAGCAGAUUGCUACUAAGUCAGUUUUCCGCUUCUUUUUCUAUGAACAGAAGGGCGAAGCUCGUCCAUUUCCGUUGGAGAGCAAUUGCGCAUUUCUGUCUGUGAUGGUAUCUUUGGUAAAGGAAUCAAGAACUCUCCCUGGUUCCAUCAAACUUUCUUUCCUAUAAAACAUUCGCUUAUUCCUUUAUCCAAUUAACUAUUCCUUCUGUUGUUAUGGCAAUAGAUAAAUUCUAGGGAUUAUAUAAGAAGGUUCGCUGUCGUGAAAGAUGUUUUUUUUUCCUUACCAAAGUCAUUCUUUCUUC